AUGGCGAAAGCAGACCUGGCAGUCGCCGGCUUCACCAUCACCUCGGAGAGAGAAAAAGUGAUUGAUUUCUCCAAGCCCUUCAUGACUCUGGGGAUCAGCAUCCUGUACCGGAAACCUCAUGGUCGUAAACCGGGAUACUUCUCCUUCCUGGACCCGUUCUCUCCAGCCGUCUGGCUCUUCAUGCUGCUGGCGUACCUGGCCGUCAGCUGUGUCCUCUUCCUCGCCGCCAGGCUCAGUCCCUACGAGUGGUACAACCCGUACCCGUGUUUCCGGGAGCGCCGGGACAUCCUGGAGAACCAGUACACGCUGGGGAACAGCCUGUGGUUCCCGGUGGGCGGCUUCAUGCAGCAGGGCUCCGAGAUCAUGCCCCGCGCGCUCUCCACGCGCUGCGUCAGCGGAGUCUGGUGGGCCUUCACGCUCAUCAUCAUCUCCUCUUACACGGCCAACCUGGCGGCGUUUCUCACCGUCCAAAGGAUGGAGGUUCCCAUCGAGUCUCCGGACGACCUGGCCGACCAAACCAACAUCCAGUACGGAACCAUCCACGGAGGAUCCACCAUGACCUUCUUCAUGAAUUCGCGGUACCAGACGUACCAGCGGAUGUGGAACUACAUGAAUUCCAAGCAGCCGAGUGUGUUUGUGAAGAGCACUGAGGAGGGCAUCGCCCGCGUCCUCAACUCCAAGUAUGCGUUCCUGAUGGAGAGCACGAUGAACGAGUACUACCGCAGUCUCAACUGCAACCUCACGCAGAUCGGAGGACUCCUGGACACCAAGGGAUACGGCAUCGGCAUGCCCCUGGGCUCUCCGUACAGGGACGAGAUCACGCUGGGGAUCCUGCAGAUGCAAGAAAGCAACAGGCUGGAGAUCCUGAAGAGACGCUGGUGGGAAGGAGGACAGUGUCCCAAAGAGGAGGAUCACCGAGCCAAAGGCCUCGGCAUGGAGAACAUUGGUGGGAUCUUCGUGGUCCUGAUUUGCGGCCUCAUCAUCGCUGUGUUUGUGGCCAUCAUGGAGUUUGUCUGGUCAACGCGCCGCAGCGCUGAGACGGACGAGGUCUCUGUCUGUCAGGAGAUGUUGACAGAGUUUCGAAACGCCGUCUCUUGUAAGAAGAAUUCUCGUUCGCGCCGGCGUCGGCCCCUGAGCAGCACCGGGACCGGAGUCCUGCGACACCCGUCCCGCCUGGCCCUGGCCGGCCCCCGGCCCAUCCGCCUGGUGCGUGAGAUGCGUCUCAGCAACGGGAAACUGUACAGCGGCGCGGGGCCGUUGACGGGAGGCCCGGCGGGGCUGGGCGGAGGCAUGGAGGGAGUACCUGACUUAGGCCCGGGCCCGCAGAGGCUCCUGGCGGACCCUUUAGGGGCCAACGCCACCACCAGCACCCUCCCCCUUCCUCCCCCUCCGGCCGCGGCCCUGGUGGCCCCGCCCGCCCUGCCGCGCAGCUUCCUGCAGAGCUGCAGCCACGUCCGCAUCUGCCAGGAGUGCCGGCGGAUCCAGAGCCUGCGGCCCGCCACGCUCACCCCUCCGCCGCCUCCCCCGCCGUCCUCCUCCCCUCCGGCGUCCUCCUGCUCCCGCAUCCCGCCGUCGGCGGUGACGCCGGGUCACCACCACCACCGCCACAACCCGCACCAUCACCACCACUACCACCACGGCUCCAUGUCGCUGCCUCGCCUCCCGCCGCCGCCCCCGCCCAUCCCCACGGACAGAGCCGACAGCGACGGGGGGCCGGCCAGCCCGCUGCAGGGUAAAAACAAACCGGCACCUCCGCCCAGGCCUUGUCCCCCCGCCAAAACGUCAACACACCCACUAAGUGACUUACUUGGGGGGCACGAUUGA